AUGCAUUUCAACUUCAUUAGAGGCCCCAAAGCUGAAAGAGUCAGAUUCUUCCAGAGCUCGAUCCCAUACUUAAACAGCAAUGCUGUUGCACUCCGCAAGUCUGGAAAUGCUCGCAAGUGGUCGCAGGAGGAACCACAUCCUUCCAACCACCGCAUCUUGACUUUGGCCAAUGGCCAUUAUGGAAUCUAUUUCACAAUCUUCAACCACGAGCUCAGGAGAGAAGAGCGUAGUGGCAUGGUGGAAAACACCAACCCACUCAUUGUAUUGGUGGUGCCUUCCAGCCCACUGCCUCUCUUCAUGCCCGAUUUCUUCAUUUCCAGGGCCAACCAAGAUAUUCACAACGACAUCACCGAGUUGAAGUCUGUAUCGCAGUACUUGCUAUCAACAACGUCACUUUUAAAUCCAAGGCGCUAUUUGGGCCAGUUUUUGAUGUCUAGGAGAGGCUUCCGCACGUCCGCAAGAAUCCUAGAUCGAGAUAACUCCAAACAACCACCAGAGCCACAGCAUCUACCUGUUGACGAAGUGGAGGAGCCAAAUGCCGCCGAACAUAUCUUAAAAGUAGAGGAACUUCCUGAAACUGCUCAGGAGCCAGUGGAAGAGCCCUUCGAAUCCUCAUUCAAGAGAUCCCAGGAGAAUAAGAUUGUCUCCGUGUUCGCUGCACACACUUCAUCCGACGAUUUGAACAUAAUCUACCCACUCUACCAAUCUUUGAAGAGAAAUGGAAUAGCUCUUUCUUCCAUCUACGAAUACAACAUUGUGUUGAAGUCUAUUGCAAUGAGAUCACUUGAUAGUGAACACACUUUGGAAACUACCGAGUCCAGACUUACUUGCUUAUUGACAGUUUACCAGGAUAUUCUUGCUGCUUGCUCUCAAAACCCUGAGUGCAAGCCCAACUAUGAAACUUUCAAUAUUGUUCUUGAUGGCAUCUUUGAUGGUGCCGUGAGAAGUAUCAGGUCAGAUUCAAACAUCAGCAUUGCCAAUGACUACUACCAGACAGCAAUGCGUAAGUCUGAGGAGUUCUGUCAAGUUGGUAUCAAGCUUUUCAUGUCCGUAAAGGAUCAGAAUGAGCUCGACUUGAAGUCUAUUUUGCCAAACUUGAUCGCCACACUCAACAUGCAUCCAAACUUGUUGUACAAGAAGUUGAUUUCCGACUUAAUUGAAAUCUGCAAAAUCUGCACUGCCGAUGGUUCCUACUACGUAGGACUUUUCCAGUUGUCCAAGUACUUGAAGUGCCUCAAUGUCUUGGAGUCAAACGCGAAGGUGUACGAGUACAUCACUUCCAUUUUUGAACAGUACAAGGCACAGGCUCAAAUCGAACCCUGUCUUGUCCAGGUUGAGUAUGAUGUUUAUUCGGCAUUGAUCCAAUCGUUGGUUUAUAACGGUAAUUUGUCUAUGGCAACAAAGUUCUUGGACGACAUCCUAGUUGAUUUCAAGGAAUCUAUGAGCUCUAUUUCGGACAAGCUGCUUAAGAACCACAAACUCAAUGUGUCGGAAUUGAUUUCCACUUAUCUUCAGGCACUCAUGGCUUCUGGUAAAAGAGAAGACUUGAACAAGUCCUACAACAUGCUUCAAAAAUUUCUUGAAGUUCCUUAUAUUCCUGAGCUUUCUGUGCAAUUUUACAAUGACAUAAUUAACAGGUUCAUCAACGAGUACACACUCUCUGAGAUUAACAGGUCCCAAGGAGUUGACGUGGCUUCGAGUCAGAGAAUUCUCUAUACCAAAAUCUGGGAACUCUAUGACCGCGUAGCUAUCAGAAAAGAUUUCCAGAAUGUGCUUGUUGAAAACAACGGAUUGCCUGAUUUUGGGCUGAACAUUAACUGCAGAGAAUUCUUGCUUUCUCUUAGCUUGGACUUGGGCGACCAUUCUCAAGUGACUCGUUUGUUGAAGGAAAUCAUGCUCAAGAACCAUGCCAUCAAAGAUUGGAAUGUCAGCAAGAAGUUGUGUCUUUACUUCUACAACGGGAUUUCGGCAUACGGAAACACAUACUACUUCGAUCUCUUGUGGAAUUUCGUAGAACAACAGGCCAGCAACUACUUCAGAAACUCCAAAGUUUUGAACAGCUUCUUGAGUGAGCACGUCAGCUUCCUUUUGUUCGAGAACUCUGAAAACUUCAACAGAAUUUUGGAUUCGCACAUGGUGUACAAUGCCUUCAGCAAGUUUAGUCUCAGAGAUGACAACAUCUACGGUGUUAUGUCAAUUGCAACUUUUUUAAUGCAUCAAUAUCCAUCAGAGGCACUGUCUGCUCAAGCUUUUAAGUUGAUGCAAUUCGAGGCCUGCCUAAUCAAUGAAUUCGAGGACUCUGAAAAUCACUAUUUGCAACUUUCACCUGAACUUGUUCAGUUGAAGAGGGCAUUGGCCGAGCUGUUUGCCUUCUUGUAUUCAUCUACGCCUAACAUGCGUUUAUCUUGCGAUAUCAGUGAUGCAUGUCGAGCAUUGGAAUUGGACUUGGUUACUGAUGGCCUGUCCAUGGAAAAUGUUGUCGAGAAGGAUUUCAAGAGAGACUUGUCUGCUUUGUUCACUGUUAACCACUCCGUUGCUGUUACUGAAUUUUUAGAAACUUUCAAGCUUGGUUGCAGCUUCAACGAGUCAACGUGGAAUUCUGUAAUCAAUAUGAACUUCGUAUACGACGUUUUGGAAAGGGAAAAAUACUUCAGCAUUUCUGAAUUUGUCCAAAGGAUUGUGGAUCUGAAUCUUGGUGUGAAUGCUGAGGUCGACAUAGUUUCUGAUUUGAUCAGAUUGAACAGCGAAAGAACCAAUAUUGAAAUCCUCAAGUUUCUAAUUAAGGACCACAUCGACUUGUUGUCGACAGAAAAAGUCAUGUCUUCCCUUGUGGAUUUCUCUAACGUUUCUGAGAACAAAUACUUCUUGGAUCUCCUAGUUAACAACUUGGAGAUUGUUCUCUCAAGAAAUUCCAAUUCUUCGUGGCUCGCGAAGUUGUUCAGUAAGUUGAACAAUUCUGGACACGCUGAGAAGAUCUCAAUUUUGAUGGAGUUGAAUAAGCAGAAACUUAUCUUCGGGCUUGACCUUACAAAUCCCAAUGAAGAGGAGCUUUUGAAAGUUGAGUUAAUGGCAUUGUUGGCUCUUGGCAAAAGCGAAGAAAUCAAUCAGAUCUUCAAGUACUAUUUUGAUGGUGAAGAAGGCAACACUUUGUUGUUGAAGUCUGAUAAAUUGUUAGAGUGCCUUCUCAACCACUAUAUUGCUAUGGGCGCAUACGAAGAUGUUGUGACCAAAUUUGGUCCCCUUCAGGAAAGAUCCUCUGGCAUUAAACAAUUAAUUCAGUUUGCACAGUUGAUGUGUGGUUUAAGUAAAACCGAAAACCAUUCUAAGAUCAAUAACUAUGCUGACUCUAACACAGUGGGUCUUGCUAUUUUGAAUGAGAGGGAUGUCUUCCUGAUGAGGGACAUUUUCCAGAAAAACCAACUGCUCAUUAGUGAUAAAGAGCAAUUUUUCAACUUUUUAAUAAUGUGCUUGUCCAAGGCAUCAUUAUUGUCUGGUGAAUUACACUCUUCUCAGAUCAACAACAGGUUUGAAUCUAUCAUUAAGUUGUGCAAAGUGAUGCGUUUGAAUGAAAUAAGUGUCCCCAGCUUGAUUAAUAUAAUCAAGCUUUUAGCACUUACAAACGCAAAGGGUUUAUUGAACAUUCUUGUUAACAAGUUCGUAAAUGGAAAAAAGUUGUCGCCAUUUGUCAACAUUUACUUUUUGCAAGUGAAAAUUGAGGGCCCUCAAGAAGCCUCACUCCUUUUGAACGCGUUCAAGUCCGCACUUUUAGAGGUUGGAGACGAUGUCAACGCUGAAAUGAUUGCUGAGUACGAAGCAGGUUUGGCUUGA